GUCAAAGUAGCCGGAGCAACUUUUCUCUGUUUACGGAUAUGACGAGACACGCACGGGCGACUGACUGAGACCAGAUGACACUGAAGGUCGAAGUUGAUCCAGGCUAUGGCAGCGCAUCUGCUAGAGGUCGAUUUACAGAUCUGGACGGGUCAGAGACUGUCCCUCUCCUUAUCCCAGAAGAUCAGCACCAGCAGUACACCUGGAAGCCCCUGAGCAAAGAGGAACUAGAGAAGUGCGCAGGAGGACCAGAAUGGAGGAAGUUUCGUUCUCGUCUGGUUCUUUGCUUCUGGAUUGGUUGGCUAAUAAUGCUUGGCACUGCAAUCGCAAUAAUCAUUCAGAGCCCGCGGAUAGUGUCUCCUUCGCUACACUGGUGGCAGAGGGAUGUGUUUUACCGCCUGCAGCCAGCACUCUUCAUGGAUGUGGACAGUGACGAGGUCAGCCAUAUCAGCAGGGUGUCCGAGCAGCUGCCAUAUCUGAAGUCACUGGGAGUUGGGGCAGUGAUCCUGGAGGGGUUCUUCCGGCAUGACAGCUCCCCACCCAACCUGACAGAGAUUGACCAAAGUCUGGGCACACUUCCACAAUUCAGACGGCUUAUCACAGAAAGCCGGAAAGCAGGUGUGAGAGUGAUGCUGGAUCUUUGUGAGCUGGACCUGUUUGAGCAGGAGUUGGGUAAUGACACUGAAGUUUGGUCCGGUGCAUCAGAGUACAUUCAGUACUCAUUAAGGUAUUGGCUGGAGUACGGUGUGUCUGGGUUUGGGAUCUGUGAUACAGACGCAGCCUUCUCUGCAGAGACUCUAAUGGAUUGGAACGUGCUGAUGCAAGAGUUCAGUUCACAAGAUGAUGAAAGAAUAUUGAUGGUGAGGCAAACAAGUAACACUCUUCCAGCGCUAAAGGUGUCCAACAUUACGGUUAAUGGUUCACUGGUGGAGCUGGUUACAAAGUCACUGAUUCCCCCAUCACACCAUCCGUUGUCUCCUGCUGAGGUGGCUGAGGCCAUGGAGGCCAGUUUGCAGACACCGCAGGGACACUGGCCGAGCUGGACUGUGGGUGGAGGAGUCCCGUGGGAGCUACAGAGAGCAAUUCUAGUCCUGAUCAUGACUUUACCUGGGACACCCGUCAUCAGAUAUGGAGAUGAGGUCAAUCCAAUUAAGGAACAGUUGAAUCAACCGCUAGCCCUCUUCCAUUCUCUGAUUCAGUCGCGUGCUCGUGAAGAGGCUCUCCACUUUGGCCGAUUCACCUUCCUUCCCUUCAAUAGCAGCAUGUCAUCCUCUGGCCUCAACUCUACAGCCACACCUCCUUUAGCUUUCCUGCGCUCAUGGGGCUGCGUUCACUUCCUGGUCUUGUUUAAUUUGGGUUCUGAACCUCACACUCUGGACCCAGACUGGGCUCCCAGCCUACCUGAAGCUGGGGUGUUUUUAACCAGCACAGGUCUUGACCGAUUCGGCCCCGUGUCUCUACGGUCAAUAAAAAUGCAGCCGCAUGAGGCCAUUGUCAUAAAACUGUUUGAAUCUGACAACUCUUCCUAAGAUAAAAUGCUUGUAUUAGCUUAUUAAUAUAACUAAGAUCUAAAGAUGUUAAGUAUUGGUUAGUUGUAACUACUCUCUAAAAACUGCUGGGUUAAAAACAACCCAAGUUG